GCCGCCGCUGGGCCGGGACCGCUGUGCGCCCGCGGCGUGAGGCGUGGGAGGGAGCGCGGCCCGUCAGCCGCGGCGCCGCCCGGUCGUCGUCUGCGGUCGCCUCGGGCGCCGAGCGCAGUCCGAGUUCUCCUUGACUGCUAUGGGAAGACGAGGGAGAAACUAGCAUCCUUUGACUUCCUCACAGAGUUAUGCUGGACCUCUGAACUCUUUCUUGCCUGUGUUUUCUGGAGCUCCCUUUCUUCCCAGUGUUGCCUGAGGUCAGAGUUCUCUGUGGUGAAUGAUGUGUUUUCACUGGGUCGUGCGAGAGGUCACUUGAGCUCUGCCUACAAUUAGGAGCCUGAAGAUUGCGGAAGCUGGAGAAGAUUCUGUAACUGAGAGGCAUUCUUCAAGCUGCUGGAAAAAUUACGGAAGGAACACCUCCCAAAUUUUGCUUCAAGCUCUGAAAAAAGGAGCACAGAGGGGAAGCUUAGUCUUAUUUGUGGAUCCAGGCAGCCCUGUGGGAGCGAUGAGCAGGGACUUGGUCUUUCUAGGACCGAGUUUAUGUUGUCGGGAGUGGCGGGCCGAGGGGCCCCGAAACCGCAGGUGCUGACUCUAUGGAGAAGAGCCGCUGUAGUCCGUUUCCAGUGUGUUGGGCCAAAGAAUAUGACAGAUACCUAGCAUCUAGCAAAAUAAUGGCAGCUGCUUACCUUGACCCAAACUUGAAUCACACACCGAAUUCAAGUACCAAGACUCACCUGGGCACCGGUGUGGAACGUUCCCCCGGGGCGAUGGAUCGAGUGUUGAAGGUCUUUCAUUAUUUUGAAAGCAACAGUGAGCCAACCACCUGGGCCAGUAUUAUCAGGCAUGGGGAUGCUACUGACGUCAGGGGCAUCAUUCAGAAGAUAGUGGACAGUCACAAAGUAAAGCACGUGGCCUGCUAUGGAUUUCGCCUGAGUCACCUGCGGUCAGAGGAGGUGCACUGGCUCCAUUUGGAUAUGGGUGUCUCCAGUGUGAGGGAGAAGUAUGAACUUGCACACCCACCAGAGGAGUGGAAAUACGAAUUGAGAAUUCGUUAUUUGCCAAAAGGAUUUCUAAACCAGUUUACUGAGGACAAGCCAACUCUGAAUUUCUUCUAUCAACAGGUGAAGAGUGAUUAUAUGUUAGAGAUCGCUGACCAAGUGGACCAGGACAUUGCUUUGAAGCUGGGUUGUCUGGAGAUACGGCGCUCAUACUGGGAGAUGCGGGGCAACGCCCUGGAGAAGAAGUCUAACUACGAAGUUCUGGAAAAAGAUGUUGGUUUGAAGCGAUUUUUUCCUAGGAGUUUACUGGAUUCUGUCAAGGCCAAAACACUAAGAAAGUUGAUCCAGCAAACGUUUAGACAGUUCGCCAACCUCAACAGAGAAGAAAGUAUUUUGAAAUUCUUUGAGAUCCUCUCCCCGGUGUACAGAUUUGACAAAGAAUGCUUCAAGUGUGCCCUCGGGUCAAGCUGGAUUAUUUCGGUGGAGCUGGCGAUUGGCCCCGAAGAAGGAAUCAGUUACCUCACGGACAAGGGCUGCAACCCCACACAUCUGGCCGACUUCAACCAAGUGCAGACCAUUCAGUAUUCCAACAGCGAAGACAAGGACCGGAAAGGAACUCUGCAGCUGAAGAUCGCGGGCGCGCCCGAGCCUCUGACGGUGACAGCGCCGUCCCUGACCAUCGCCGAGAACAUGGCCGACCUGAUCGACGGCUACUGCCGGCUGGUGAACGGAGCCACGCAGUCUUUCAUCAUCAGGCCCCAGAAAGAAGGUGAACGAGCUUUGCCAUCGAUACCAAAGCUGGCCAACAGCGAGAAGCAAGGUGUGCGGACCCACGCGGUCUCUGUGUCAGGAGUCAGUCACUGCCACCAUAAAGUUAAGAAAGCUAGGCGCUUUCUCCCUUUGGUCUUCUGUUCCCAUGAGCCUCCUUCUACGGAUGAAAUUAGUGGGGACGAAACAGACGAUUAUGCGGAGAUCAUAGAUGAAGAAGAUACUUACACCAUGCCCUCGAAAAGCUAUGGAAUAGAUGAAGCCAGGGACUAUGAGAUUCAGAGGGAGAGGAUAGAGCUCGGACGGUGCAUUGGAGAGGGCCAGUUUGGGGACGUGCACCAAGGCGCUUACACGAGCCCAGAGAACCCAGCUUUGGCGGUUGCAAUUAAAACAUGUAAAAACUGUACUUCGGACAGCGUGAGAGAGAAAUUCCUUCAGGAAGCCUUGACGAUGCGUCAGUUUGACCACCCGCACAUCGUGAAGCUGAUCGGGGUCAUCACGGAGAACCCCGUCUGGAUCAUCAUGGAGCUGUGCACGCUUGGAGAGCUGAGGUCGUUUCUGCAAGUAAGGAAGUACAGUUUGGAUCUAGCAUCUCUGAUCCUGUACGCCUAUCAGCUUAGCACAGCCCUCGCGUAUCUAGAGAGCAAAAGAUUCGUGCACAGGGACAUUGCUGCUCGGAAUGUUCUCGUAUCCUCAAAUGACUGCGUAAAAUUGGGAGACUUUGGCUUAUCCCGAUACAUGGAAGACAGUACUUACUACAAAGCUUCCAAAGGAAAACUGCCUAUUAAGUGGAUGGCUCCGGAGUCCAUCAAUUUUCGACGGUUUACCUCAGCUAGUGACGUGUGGAUGUUUGGUGUGUGCAUGUGGGAGAUACUGAUGCUCGGCGUGAAGCCCUUCCAAGGCGUGAAGAACAAUGACGUCAUCGGCCGCAUUGAGAACGGCGAGCGGCUGCCCAUGCCUCCCAACUGCCCUCCCACCCUCUACAGCCUCAUGACCAAGUGCUGGGCCUACGACCCCAGCCGGCGGCCCCGCUUCACGGAGCUCAAAGCUCAGCUCAGCACCAUCCUGGAGGAAGAGAAGGUGCAGCAGGAAGAGCGGAUGAGGAUGGAGUCCAGACGACAGGUCGCAGUGUCCUGGGACUCCGGAGGGUCCGACGAAGCGCCGCCCAAGCCCAGCAGACCCGGUUAUCCUAGUCCAAGGUCCAGUGAAGGAUUUUAUCCCAGCCCACAGCACAUGGUACAAACCAAUCAUUACCAGGUCUCUGGCUACCCGGGUCCUCAUGGAGUCACAGCCAUGGCUGGCAGCAUCUACCCAGGUCAGGCGUCUCUUUUGGACCAGACAGAUUCAUGGAGUCAGAGACCACAGGAGAUGUCAGUGUGGCAGCCCAGCGUGGAGGACUCCACAGCCCUGGACCUGCGCGGCCUCGGGCAGGUGUUGCCCGCCCACCUGAUGGAAGAGCGGCUGAUCCGGCAGCAGCAGGAGAUGGAGGAAGAUCAGCGCUGGCUGGAGAAGGAGGAGAGGUUUCUGAAACCUGACGUGCGGCUUUCUCGAGGCAGCAUCGACAGGGAAGACGGAGGUCUUCAGGGCCCGACUGGAAACCAACACAUAUAUCAGCCUGUGGGCAAACCAGAUCCUGCAGCUCCACCAAAGAAACCUCCACGUCCGGGAGCCCCCGGGCACCUCGCCAGCCUCGGCAGCCUCGGCAGCCCCGGGGACAGUUACAACGAGGGUGUCAAGCCCUGGAGGCUGCAGCCCCAGGAAAUCAGCCCUCCUCCCACUGCCAACCUGGACCGGUCCAAUGACAGGGUGUACGAGAACGUGACGGGCCUGGUGAGGGCGGUCAUCGAGAUGUCCAGCAAGAUCCAGCCGGCCCCGCCGGAGGAGUACGUGCCCAUGGUGAAGGAGGUCGGCCUGGCCCUGAGGACGCUCUUGGCCACUGUGGACGAGACCAUUCCUGUCCUGCCAGCUAGCACACACCGAGAGAUCGAGAUGGCCCAGAAGCUGCUGAACUCAGACCUGGGCGAGCUCAUCAGCAAGAUGAAGCUGGCGCAGCAGUACGUCAUGACCAGCCUGCAGCAGGAGUACAAGAAGCAGAUGCUGACGGCUGCGCACGCCCUGGCCGUGGACGCCAAAAACCUGCUGGACGUCAUCGACCAGGCCCGGCUGAAGGUGCUGGGCCAGGCGAGGCCGCACUGAGCGCGGGCCGCGCCCCCGGGACGCCCCCCGCCUCCACCAGCAGCGAGGCCGCCCGCCCGCGGGCGCCAGCGCCAGCACGCCCGGCGCCAGCUCCCAGACUGACGGCUGGCUGAAAGUCUUCUCUCUCGUAUAAGUUUAACUGCAAUUUGAUUUGGGUUCAGUUUUUAUUCUGGUUCUUUAAUCAUGGUGUCCCGAGAAGUCCAGGAUCCAAGAUGUGGCAUUUUUCUGAGAAUGAACGUUGUACAUGCGAAGCGUUUCCGAGUCCUGAAGAGCAGAUCUUGUCCGCGUUAGGAUGUGCUUUGGUGGAAACGCCGAGGCAGGGAUGCGCUGACUCCCGAAGGAGCUGGGCUGCGCUUUGGAAGAAGGGAGGAGGAAGUGGAGAGUUCCAGGAGCCCGAGGGGCUGCGAGUUCCUUUGCCCACCACAGACUUCCCACCCAGACUGGAAGUUUCCUUGUUAGAACACUCUGCAGUUGCAGUGUGCUAAUACCACUUUACAGAGGAAGAAUAUAAAAGCUAUAUUUUGAAGACUUGAGUCAUUUCGGAAAAAAACCUACAACCCUCUGGUCUUUCCUGCCUUUGCCUUUCAUGUGGGUGUAUGUGAAGCGUUUGGUUGGAAACUAGCUAUAGAACACACUAAAAACUUUUGUCUUUUUUCACCAGAAUAAUGUGCCAGUUUUUGUAGCAAUGUUCUUUCUCUUGGAAGCAGAAAUGCUUUAUACCAGAGCACCUCCACCUGCAUUAAGAAGAGGCUCUGGAACCAUCCCUGUUUUCCAUUUUUAUAUAAUUUAUAAAGAAAGAUUAAAGCCAUGUUGACUCUUUUACAGCCACUGGAGCUAACUCACCCUUCCUUGUCUGUCUUCCCAGGAGAGAAUUGAGCAAAUCGGAGAUCUGGUUUCCUUUCACUGUCGGUUCACCAUCCAUUCUGUUCAAUAACGUUGAAAAACAUACCCUCCCUGUAGUUUGUUGGGGGACGUAAGUUAUUCUCAGGAAGAAUAUAAUGACCUGUACAGCUGCUUUGACCUAUUAAAAGGUGUUGCCAGUGAA